AUGGCCGAGAAGGCCAAUGGCGUUCUGGACUGUGUCAGGAACAUUAACGGUCUAAUGACACUUGGAUUAGCAGGUGCACGUCAACAGACUGAGCUCUGCAAUGAAUCUCUCAUGUUAGAAAAGUUGCCUGCCUGUGGGAAAUUCUUUGAAGAGAUGAUGAAGAAAGUGGACUCAAAAAAGUGGUGCAACCUGACAGAAUUUAUCAUGUAUUACGACAACUUUACCCAGUGCACAGAACGUGAAGCCAACAAUGCAAGUUGCUUUUGGCCAAACCCCCUUGCAGAAGGCUUUAUCACAGGAAUUCAUAAACAAUUCUUUUCAAACUGUACUUCAGAAAAGGUUCAUUGGGAAGAUCCACCAGAUGAAAUUCUCAUAACACUGAUCUUGAUCCCAGUCAUGUUGACAUGUGCCAUGAUAACACUGGUAGUAUGGUGCAGCAAGAGAAGUGAUAUCCUGGUGUAG